UCGGAGCAGUAUGAACAAACACAUACGCAGCUGUCAGCGCAAAUAGGGCGAGUUCACACCGAUGCAGGUGCGGUAUUUUAAUACAAUGACCGAAUGACACGCAUUGUUGUCGCUGCAUGUUGCACAAGUGAUGCAUUUUUCCGCAGGUGAAUUGUUUUAUUAACGCACUGACAGCGAUGCUGAUGAGGGAAUAUGAGAUAACGGUUCACACUGAUGCCUCUCUGGCCGCACUCGUGCAUUAUUUAUCUGCAGCUCUGACAGUGUUGUAGUUCAUGACAACGAUUGUGUAAAUACUGAGGACAGAGUCAAAGCCUGAGCAUAGAGUCAAAGCCUGAGCAUGGACACUUUGCUGGACUUUGAGGAGUGCAUCAGAGACUCACCUGCCUUCAGGCAGUCUCUGGACCGGUGUGAGAAUGACUUCACUGAACUGGAGAAUCGCGUGGAGAAAGUGAUGAAGUUGUGCGGUCAGAUGGUGGAGGCAGGACAGAGCUACACCAACUGUAAUCAGCUCUUUCUGUCUGCGCUGUCCGAGUUUAUGGUGUAUCAUAAGAGCGACGGUGUUAUUCUGAACUGUCUACGUCAGUUUAACCAGGGCCUCCAGGAAAUGAUCCAGUUUCAGACCAUGCUGUUUGAUCAAACCCAGAGAGCCAUUACACAACAACUCACAAACCUCCUGUCACGAUUUGUACCACAGAUUCGAGACAGUCGGCGUGAGUUCGUCCGGAUAGGAGAUGAUCUUGAGGCCGCGGUUUUGAAAAAUACUCAGGUCAGCAGACAUAAACCCGCAGACGCAGAGAGAGCAACUCAUCUGCUGCUCGCCACAAGAAAGUGCUACCAACACUUUGCCCUGGAUUACUGCUUGCAGAUGAAUAACUUCAAAGUCCAACAGAAGCUGGAUGUUCUGAACUCGGUCUUCUCCUAUUUUCACGCUCAGAACACGUUUUUCCACCAGGGAUUUGACCUGCUGAAAGAUCUCGAGCCCUCUAUGAAAACAAUGGCCUCACAGCUUUCUCAGCUGUCGACUGACUGCACUGUCAAGAGGAAAGAUCUGGAAAACACACACCUGCUCGUUCAACAGAGGGAUGCGUCUGGAGAGGCCGUUAUUGUGUGUAAUCCGUCCGAUGGAGGAACGAUUCAAGGCUACAUAUUUAAACGCUCACGCAAGAAGAACAAGACCUGGAAGAGGUGUUGGUUUUCUACUGAAAAUAAUCAGUUAAUCUACUCCAAAUCACACAAGGUGCAGGAAGUCGUCCUGUUUGAUGAUCUGCGUCUGUGUGCUGUGAAAUCUCUGGAUGCCAUCGAUCGCCGUUUCUGUUUUGAGCUGCUGUCAGUGCAGAAGUGCUGUGUGCUACAGGCGGAUACUGAGGAGCUGAAGCUGGCGUGGAUAAACGCUGUUCAGGGUUGUAUAGACAUGGCAUACCGUGAUCAAGUAGCCAAUCAAAACACUCAGGUAAAGAAGAACUCCACCCCUGUCCCCAUUCUAAAACCCCCCUCUCACGCCCCUGCUCUGGGCGUGGCUCUCCAGGGCAACGGUAACAGGCGCUGCUGUGACUGCGGGGAGGCGGAGCCACGGUGGGCCAGCCUUAAUCUAGGCAUCACCAUGUGUAUCGAGUGCUCGGGCAUCCACAGGAGUCUCGGGGUUCAUCUGUCCAAAGUUCGCUCUCUUACUCUUGAUUCGUGGGAGCCUGAACAGGUCAAGCUGCAGUGCAUUCUGGGUAAUGAUGUUAUUAAUAGCAUUUAUGAGUGUAACCCAGUGGAUGGACUACAGAAGCCCAGUCCAAACAGUUCGCGGCAUGAUAAGGAGCAAUGGAUCAGAUUUAAGUAUGUGGAGAAGAGAUUUGUCAAACAUCAGUCUGAUUCUGCUGAUGCUGAGACAGCCAAGCUACGAGCCGGGGAGAAGCUGUACCAGGCGUCGCUAAGCGGUGAUCUUGUUGCCAUGGCGAAAGCGUUGGCGGAUGGUGCGGAAGUGAACUGGAGUAACCCUGAACAAGAAGGACGAACGGCUCUGAUUGGUUCAGCCAUUGGGGGCUCACUGUUGGCGUGUGAGUUUUUAUUGCAGAACGGCGCUAAGGUGAAUCUAAGAGAUCAGCACGGACAGGGCGCUUUACACGCCGCUGCCACCUAUGGACACACGGGACAGGUGUGUCUGUUGCUCAAGCGAGGAGCAAAUCAGUACGCAGCUGAUGAAAAAGGAAACGAUCCGCUCAGUAUCGCUGUAGAAACGGCUCAGGCUGACAUUGUCACUUUGUUAAGAAUGGCACGAAUGAACGAGGAAAUGAGAGAUUCAGAGGGAUUUUUCGGUUCUGUGGGAGACGAUGAGACAUUCCAGGAUAUUUUCCGUGACUUCAGUAACAUGGCGUCACAUGACCCGGAGAAGCUCUCUCGUCGUCAGUUCACACGCAGCGCUGAGGAUGGAGCGGUAAAUAAGCAGGAAGAUGAAGGAGAGGAGAAAUAGACAUCCACUGAGUUUCAUGGGUCACGUGUCUGCUGAGGUCAGAGGUCACGCUGCUGUACUGUGGACCAGGUGGGAGAAAACACAGGAUUAUAAAGGGAAACUUUAAUGUUAGAAUUAUUUAAAACUAAAGUCUAUUCAGAAUCUCUUGAAGAGAUGCUAAAUUUAACCACUGAGUAUGUUUACAGUAUACGUGACAUCACUAACGCUCAGUAUUGAAGAUUUUUUUAAUGGUCCACAUCAUUACAUGCAUAUUUUGGCCUGAAUUGACUGUUUCUCCUGACUGUGUAUUACUGAAACUGUACACAAAUAUUUUUUACUGAAUGGUUUUAUAUUGCACUGCAGUAAAAUCUUGGUUCUUACUUAUCCUACACUGAACAUUUGCUGUUACGCUUAAAGCAGAAUUUACAAUACCAAUUUCUGGAAACACAGUGAAAAUUUUAUAAACUUACACUACCAGCUAGAGGUUUGGACACCCUUGAGUGUUUCUUAUGGUUUUAAGAACCUUUUUUUCUAGUGUGACAUUUUGUAGACAAUAUCAAUUAUAUACUUACAGUAUCUUCACAGCGCUGAAGUUUUAGUAUAAAAUAAACAAGUCUAGUGGAGGUAAAACAGCCAUAUCGUGUCUAGUCUACAUGGAAACAGUGUUGCCAGAUUGGGUGGAUAAUUUCCAGCCCAAAGGCUCACUAAAACCCGCCCACUCCAACAAAACUAGCCCACAUUUUAACUGGCAAGUAUUCUGAAUAUUUUGCAAUGUCAAUCAACGAUGAUAAAGACCAUUUUAUCUCCUUAAACAAAGUAUGACAAGAUAACAAAAUCUAACUACAUAGUAAAGUUUGAGAACAAACUUGAUGUUGAGUUGACAAAGCCUGGCCUGAAGAGUUUUAAAUAGUUUGAAAGGUUUUAGGUGAAACUUUAGGGUUUAGGUCUGUCACCACAUGUGUAAUCCACGUUGUAAGAUUUGAGUUACUCUCCCAUCACCGUCCAACCUUUUGGGCCGCUUUGGCAUUUCGUUUGCUUCAAUAUACAAAAUCUGGUCCUUUAUCACUCCAAAGGCCCCUCCCAUGAGUUAUCACAACUCAAUGGUAGAUUGAUGAUAGGUCUCCCUAUACCAGACCUGAUUGGUUAAACUGAACCAAUAAGCGCUGUGUUAUUUUGAAAUAAAAUGACUAAAUAAAAGCAAAGAAAAGGCAAGCUGCUUGGAGGACAUUUUAAUUUCGUAAGCAACCCAAAUUUUGUCCACCCACACCGUGCAUUUCUCCGGGCUAACCCAUUCAAAAGAAGCCCAAUCUGGCAACACUACAUGGAAACUCCUUUAAUUCUGUUUAAAAGCAUCCCAGGAUUCAUAUCAUGAAGUUGAAUGAAAGAUGUUAUCUAGACACAGUCGCCUACUUUUUUUACAAGCUAUUAAUUUAUUUAAUGUAUUUGGUCAAACCUUUAUGUGUGUUAUUUUCAACAUUUUGAUUUUACUAUUAUGUGGAUAAUAGUGAUAAUAAGAAUGAUUGGGCGUCCAGACAUUUCCCUGGUAGCGUACGUACUGAAUAAAAUGCACAGCUCACUAUAUCUAGAUAUCAGUCUUAAUGUAUGAAAAGGUUGUGUUUUAUGCUAAUGAAUAAAAUAUAAGCUAUUUAACUAUCA